GAUAGCAUGAUCGUCUGAACGUCUCGGCGUCCGUCGCGGCGUUCGUCUCCUCCGGGAUCCGCGUCGCUGCGAAACUUCACACGGCCGAGAUAGAUAGCAUCAACCCUCCGCCCUUGGCGUGACGUGACUUGACGGGCUCUGUUGCGGGAUCGAGUUAUCGGCCUGGACGCCCAGAUCUCGAGUGGGACACUUUAAUGGAGGUCCACCAUGAGCCGAUUGAAAAAAACUAUCAGCUGCUUGAAGAGAUUGGCAAGGGUCAAUUUGCUAUUGUACGAAAAUGCAAGGAGAUCAAAACCGGGUCGCUGUACGCCGCGAAAAUAAUGAGAAAGAGGCGCGUUGCCAGGGGUGUGGCUGCUGCAGACAUUGCGAGGGAAGCUGGUCUCUUGGCUCGGUUGAGACAUCCUAACAUUGUAUCCUUGUACAAGGUGAUAGACACGGGAACGACAGUGGUGCUGCUCCUGGAGCUGAUUACAGGAGGCGAAUUGUUCCAUUGGACACCGUCCAGUGAAAUGGAAGCUGCUCAUGUGGUGCGCCAAGUUUUGAUGGCGCUUAGUCAUUUACAUUCCCACCAAGUUGCUCAUCUGGAUAUUAAGCCUGAGAAUAUUUUACUGUCCACACCACCGCCGAUGCCUAGCAUUAAGCUGAUAGAUUUAGGUCUGUCGCAUCGACUGGUACCCGGCUCAGAGCACAGAGCACUGUUUGGCACUCCCGAAUUCGUGGCGCCGGAAAUCGUGAAUUACGAACCACUCAGCCUGGGAACUGAUCUUUGGGCGGUCGGCGUGUUAACGUACAUCCUCCUUAGUGGCGCUUCGCCAUUUUUGGGCGAGGACAAGCAGGAGACGUAUGCGAACGUUGCCGCUUGCCAAUACCAAUUUGACAAUGAAUACUUCAACAAUGUGUCCGAGAUUGCCAAAGACUUUAUACGAUCCUUGUUGAUCAAGGAUCCUAAGGAGAGAGGGAAUGCUGAAUCGUGCCUUAAACAUCCUUGGAUUCUCACGGAAUCCGAAGCACCACAGGGUCUCGGCGGAGCGAUGAUCAGCGCUGUGAGGCGAGGCUGCGUUGAGGCUGUCUCGCAGUUGUUGUUGCAGGGCGCCCCGCUAAACGUGAAAGAUUCAAAAGAAGACACUCUUUUGCACAUCGCCUGCGAGGCUGGCGAUGAGGGAAUGACGACUCUGCUGAUCGAGAGCGGAAUCGAUCUGGAUACGCCGAACAAACAGGGUCUGACGGCACUACAUGUGGCUGCUCGACACGGGCAUAUUAAUCUGGUCAGACAUUUGUGCCUUGCUGGUUGCGACGUUGAUAAAACGAAUCGAGGGAUCCGGGCGGACGUCACCGCGAUUAAGUACGGGCAUCCAGAUAUCGCGAAUUUACUGGAUAAGCUGCGAAAUCUGAAUCAGCGCGAGAACUACAUUCGUCAGCUGCAACCGACGCACAGACCGAUAGACCGACUGCACAUAAGACUGCUCGGACACUGCGCGUCUGGAAAAUCGUCAUUGAUCAGUUCUCUCAAGUCCGGGAUAUUCAGUUUCGGCUUCUUCCGAAGGUCGAGAAGUCAGAACUGCAGCACGAAGAGAGAACCGAGCAUCGAACUUGACGUCACGAGUAAGCACGGUUCGCUGAGCUUUGAGUACAGCGACAGCGAGUACGAGGGUACUCAGGGAGUAGAGUGGAGUCGCGGUAACGUAGGUGGCGAAUGCGUUUUCUGGGAGUUAUGCGGACGCGAGGAAUUUCUGGCGUCUUAUCACUACGUACUUACAUUCCAGCAACCAGCAGUGCACUUGAUCACGGUCAGUCUGAGAGAGCCGCUGACCGUUCAACUUCAGCAGAUAAAGUUCUGGCUGCAAUUUAUUUUGGACCGUAUUAAUCCGAGUAAUGUCGGAUUUGGCGGCAAGUGCAGCGACAUAAAGGUGAUCUUGGUUGGCACUUAUGCGCCGGAGCCACUAGCCCCGAAUUCUAACGGGGGCAAUCUACUCGCGCCGCUCUUGCCGCUACUGAAAGACUUUACGUCCAUUCUGGGGGAGGAGCCGCAAAUGGUAGCGCUGGACGCGACUAAUCCCUCUAGUCCCGGCCUCAAACUUCUCAGAUCUUACUUAAAUAAUGCGAGGAUGGAAUUUCUCGAGGAUGGACCGGAAGUUGCAGAAAGUAUUCUCCGACGUGACGCGCCGCGUGCUGCGGCUACGUACGUGCCCCUGGCGAAUCUUGAUAAACAGAGCGCCCUAGUGUGGACCGGCCUCGCCGAGGCGUGGAGAACGUACGUACAGUCGUUGGAGACGCCCCCGUUGAUGCUCACGCAGGAGGAGUUUCUGGACGAGGUGCGAAGGAUCAACCCCUUGGUGUGUUUGGAGCACUGCAGGCACCUCGGAUUACAGUUACAGAAUCUCGGCGAGUGCAUCCUUCUGCCCGGAGACUUGAUAGUGCUCAGCCCUGAGUGGUUCUGGCAGGACGUGCUGAAUUGGCAACUCAGUCCCGAUCAGAGAGGACGACUGGGCGGACGGACCACCGGCGUUUACACCCUGGAGGAUUUCCAGGCGCGAUGUCCCUGCCCAGCUGCUCAAGCUCUGCAAGCUCUACAAGCAGUCAACCUGUGCGUUCCGUGUGAAGUCGAUGAGGAUGAAGUUGAGUACGAAAUACCGUGCUUGAAUCUGGUGGAGCGCCUCCCCGGCCUGUGGGAACCAUGGAAACCAUGCUCCAACGCGUUACCUCACGCUGGCUUACGUCUUUGUCCGGAAGAAGCGCCUCUGUACCACUUGACAGCGAUAUUUACGCAUUUGCAGGCGCAACUGCGGAAAAUUACUCAAACAUGGGACCCGUCCAACUCGGACUUGUAUCAGUGGUGGCGAGGAUCGAAACUGUGCCUAGGACCUUGCGAGAGCAUAAUCACGUUCGAGGAGGAGGAGCACAGUUGCGUAGAGAUCCAAGUUCGUGGGCCGCGCGGUUCCAGCGCGCAGUGCUUCGCUCUCUUCAGCGUGAUCUUGGACGCGAUGGACACGACCAUCGAGUUAGUCGCGCCCGGAAUGUUACUCGAGAGGCACUGGCUCAGCCCGAGUCAGCUUCGAGAAUACGACGAGGUGAUUCAUUCCUGGACACCCGCCACCGUCAUAUCGGCUUUAAUCGACAAGGGUCUCGAAGAGGCGACUCUUAAGAAUCCCCUAAAUGACCGACAGGAGACAGUGUGGGAGAUUGUAGGCUGUGGACUGCCGUUGAUGGAAAACUGCGUUCCCGGGCCAAAGCAGCCCGUGAAGUACAUAAAGCCCGCGGUGCAACGGCGACUGGCGCAAAUGCUGGAUCCGCCUGAUCACCACGGAAGAGAUUGGUGCUUGCUCGCAGUGAGGCUCGGCCUGGGGGAUCGCGUCGCUCAAUUGGACAGCACGGUGGACAGUCCGACUUUGAGGCUGCUGAACUGCGCGGGUGCGGAGUGCACCGUCGGCUCGCUCGUGCAACAGCUGCGAGCGCUCGAUCGCGAGGACGCCGUGCACCUGCUGCUCACGUACACGCCAACCUACGUGCUGUUGAUGUCCGUCGACUCCGAGACGGGGUCUGAUCUCUCCAGAUGACGAUGUUGCUCUUAUCAAUGGCGCAUUAGCACCUUCUAGGUACUUUCUUUCCCGAGAUCGCCGCGCGUCUGAUGGACACGUAGCAUCGUCUCUCUAUUUCCGCCCAAUGUAAAUCAUAAUUUGUUAAGUAUAACGUAUAUCGUGAUAUGUGAUUUAACUUUGGCGAUCAAUCGCGCGUUGCAUUUCGAGUUGAGUGAUAAGAAGUGAGACACCUUUCGUCGUACCGUUUUAUAUUCUUUCCUUGUGCCUUUGUAUCUUCUUGAAUAUCUUUUUUUUUUUAAUUUUGUACGUACUACAGCCCGCGCGUUUGUUUGUUAAGAGCAUUCGUUAAAUCGCUUUUUUGUGUGUGUCGAUAUCUCGCGAGCUGAUUACCGGAAACGAUUCGUUGAAAUCGGUACGUUGUUACGCUUUUUAAUUUGUAUUGGUUACUACUACAUUAAUUGUAUUCACUUAUUUUUAUUUCUUGAUAGUUAUAUUGUUAACAUGUCGAUAUAUACAAUAUAUAAUACUGUGUUACCGUUGUGCAGUUUGCGUUUUUCUCGUUAUACGAAAUUGUUGUGCCAGGGAAGUGAUGCAUUUACAUAUACAAUGCGAUACGAUCGUAUUUGAUAUCGAUAUAUUGUUUCGAGCGCUUUUCUUGAUAUAUGCUGAUGUGAUCUUGAUACCUAUAUAUAUAUAUAUAUAUACACACAUACAUAUUACAUACAUGUAUUAUCGAAUCUUGCCAAACCUCUAUGUCAAUAUGCACCGCUUUUUCAAUACUUUGAAAUGUUUACGAAGCAUAUAUGCAAAAGGAGAGUGAAACGACCGCUCGCACAGUUCUAUUAUUACUUUCGGAUCUAUUAUCUCUAUACAUUCGACGGGGUUGAAUGCGAAUUAAUUCUAUUGGAUUUGCAUUGUAUUCAACAUCUUUAUACUGCAUGUGCCAUACACAAAAAUACGCAAGAGUACGUGCGAUACUCAACGGGAGAAGAACACCGCAGGUGUGCGACAGCAAUGUUCACGAUGACGAAAGUAUAUACUUACGAAUUUCCAUACGUAUGUGUGAAUCAAUCAGAAAACCGCUUUCACACGAUAUGUGUAUAACAAUUAAGAAACGUUUACGAUUAACAGUAAAGAAUUACUCGCGCAUCGGAACAUCCGUAGGUUGUUCAUUCGCGUAGCUCUCUUUCUCUCGUCACACGCAGCAUCUCACAGUAGCUUACACACGAGGAUGUUAUAAUAAUCGGAGACCGUUGUAAAAACAAGCCGAUAAAAUUAUUAAAUAUAUCUUUCGCUAGAU